CAAAGAAGAAAGAAUAGUUGUCCUGGAAACUGAAAAUGCUGCUCUCCAUCUAAAGCUUGCAGAGAGACCUUCCUGCACUGAAUGUAGUUACCAGAAGACAUUUAAACCAGCUGUGUAACCAGCCCUUUCCCCUAAGUGAAGGCAGAAUUUUAACCAUUCAUAUCCACCUCACACAUAAGUAAGAGGUCUUAGGUACUGCAAACGCGUAUUAGUAAUCUGCUGCUGAGGUUUGCCACCCUAAGGAAGUAGAAUGUUCUGAUGUUAGCCAGUUGCCUCAAGGUGAUCCUUCACAUGACUCAGAAAAAGUAUCAAGGGUUGGCUGGAAGAAGCACUAAUGAAGUAUUGCAGCUCUACUCUGCUCAUAGCCAGCAGCAGAAAUUGCAGAAGAGUUCUGCUGUAAUCCAGAUGUAUGGAGCAAUAAAGAGGCUUAAGCGCGACCUGAAGAGCCUCCAUUCAUUCGCUCUUGAACUUUCAAAAGACUUUCAGCGUCAAAGCAAGACUUAUCUUUACCAAGUUUUGACAGCAGUCCAAGGGAUUCAGCUGCAAAAUGAAGCAGUGCAAAUGUUUCAGAUAAAAGCUUUUGAUCUUGAGCAGUCUCUACAAGAGCUGACAGAGAGAUACGAGAAAGAAAAGCAAAAGAGGAGAGCUCUACAUAACAGCUUAGUUGAACUGAGAGGAAAUAUCAGAGUCCACUGCAGGAUCAGACCUUUGCUACCUUUUGAUACCGCUGCUGGGCAUUUGGUAUCACAAGACAGGCAAAGAAACUUUUCAGAAGAAGUGGCAUAUGCAACUGAUGAUGAAACUGUCCUUGUAAAGUGUAGCCGUCCUGGUCAUGCAUCAAUAAACAAGACUUUUCAGUUUGAAAGAGUUUACAGUGCUUCGGAGUCACAAGAUGCAGUAUUUGCAGAUGUGGCCCCUUUGCUAACAUCUCUCCUGGAUGGGUACAAUGUGUGCAUCAUGGCUUACGGACAAACCGGAAGCGGGAAGACAUACACAAUGUUGGGACCGCAGUCAGAGGAGAACCUUGUGUUUGCCAUAGAAGAUGAAUCAGAACUUGGAAUUAUUCCUCGAGCUACCCAAGAAGUGUUCAGGCUUAUUUCAGAAAAGCCACCAGGAAGUUACUGGGUUGAGGUUUCUGUUGUAGAAGUGUAUAAUAAUGAAAUUUUUGAUCUUCUGGCCAAAGAUAGUUGUGGAAAAGGAUCUGGCGUCAAACGUGAUGUUGUCACAACCAGAGAAGGAAAGAGCGACGUUCCAUUGCUUACGCAUGAGACUGUUGAAAGUGCAUCUGAAUUUUUGCAUCUAGUCAAAAAAGGCCUGCAGCUGAGAGUCAGGCACCCAACACUGGUGCAUGCUCAUUCCUCUCGUUCUCAUCUGAUAGUUACACUGACCAUAACCACAGUUGUCUCUGGAGAUAGCUUUGGUACUUCAUGGGAAGAUGAACAAACGAGUCAGAGACUACACAAAGAGGUUUCCUGCACCUUCCCACAAAAAAUGAAAGAAAGUAAAUCUACCUCUUCUUCCAGAGCCUCUUCACCAGCACAGCUUGAAGCAACUGAGAAAAUGAAGCAAGUCAAAGCUAGAUUGCAACUGGUGGACCUGGCUGGUAGUGAGUGUGUCGGUAUGUCUGGAGUGACGGGUACAGCACUGAGAGAGACCUCAUUUAUUAACCGCAGCUUGUCUGCCUUAGCAGACGUUCUUGGAGCAAUAGCAGAACAGCGAUCUCAUGUACCAUAUCGAAACAGCAAACUCACACAUCUCCUGCAGGACUCUGUAGGGGGUGAUGCUAAGCUGUUGGUGAUGCUGUGCAUCUCUCCUGACCAGAAGUACUUAACAGAAUCAAUGCAGUCUCUGGGCUUUGGAACUCGUGCUCGGCAAGUUCAGAGAGGACAAGUCAAGAAAAAGAAUUUCCCUGUGCUAAGUAAAAUAAAACCUAAGACUCCUGUGGAUUAAAGUAUUAUUAAUGAGUU